GUUGAGCAAUCGGGCAUGGAAAAAGCCGCCGCCACCUUAACAGCAUCUUCUGUACACUCUGAUUGCUCUACGGAGAAGGCGCUUUUGAACUCGCAUGCUACAGCCAGUGGAACUGGGUGGGCAGGAGCAUGGUGUGCCUCAGGGAUCCACGGAGUUCACUGGCUUCAGGUCGAUCUAAAAUCACUGUCCAGGAUAGCUGGCGUAAUCACGCAAGGACGAGCUGACGGGGACCAAUGGGUGACCAGCUAUAAGCUUACCUUUAGCUCUGGUGGCACCGUUUGGGACACGUACGCUGAAGAAGGACAAGACAAGGUGUUUGAAGGCAACACUGACCGGAGCAGUCCCGUUGAACACCUCCUUGUGCCGCCCGUCCCAGCAAGGUUUGUCCGGUUCCACCCGCUGACGUUUUAUGUGUGGCCCAGCAUGAGGAUGGAAGUACUCCUGUGUGCUCCGGAAUGUACCCUUUGGACUCGCUGGUUUGACCGUGACGAUACCAGCGGUACCGGCGACGCGGAAUUGCUAUCCUACCUUCGGCAGGAGAACCCGGGACAAAUCUGCUCCGGCCCCUCGGCUAUCCAGGCCCGUGUCCGCGGGACACACGUACAGGCCUCCCAGACGGGAGAGCAGUUCGACUCAUAUGACAAGGAAGUCGGCUUUUAUUGCAUAAACUCCGACCAAAGCGACGGGUCCUGCUUGGACUAUGAAGUGCGCUUCUGCUGUGAUUCUGGUACAUGAUUAUUUAUUUUUUUUAAAUCAUCUUUAUUACACACAAGAUGAAUACAUACAUGUAUAUAUUACAGGCUAAGA